AUGUCUCCUCCGACUGUGCCUCCAACCGGUGUGGAUGGUGUGUCUGCAUACCUGAUGAAGAAAAGGCACACUCACAGAAAGCAGCGGCGCAAGCCCACUUUCCUCACUCGUAGGAACAUCGUGGGCUGUCGCAUUCAACACGGCUGGAAAGAAGGCAAUGAGCCAGUGGAGCAGUGGAAGGGCACUGUGCUGGAGCAGGUUUCCGUGAAGCCCACUCUGUACAUUAUUAAAUACGAUGGCAAAGACAGUGUGUAUGGACUGGAACUGCAUCGUGACAAGAGAGUUUUAGCGCUUGAAAUUCUCCCUGAGAGAGUGCCAUCUCCUCGCAUAGAUUCGCGCCUAGCUGAUUCCCUGAUUGGGAAGGCAGUGGAGCAUGUGUUUGAAGGCGAGCACGGUACGAAAGAUGAAUGGAAGGGCAUGGUACUAGCGCGAGCCCCAGUGAUGGAUACUUGGUUUUACAUCACCUACGAGAAAGAUCCGGUUCUUUAUAUGUACACCCUGCUGGAUGACUACAAAGACGGAGACCUGCGCAUCAUUCCAGACUCCAACUACUACUUCCCUACAGCAGAACAGGAACCAGGAGAAGUGGUCGACAGUCUCGUGGGCAAGCAGGUUGAACACGCCAAAGAUGAUGGAUCCAAGAGAACUGGCAUUUUCAUCCACCAAGUAGUGGCCAAACCGUCUGUCUACUUCAUCAAGUUUGAUGAUGAUAUUCACAUUUACGUUUAUGGUUUGGUGAAAACCCCGUAA